AAGAUUCAAUCAUUUCCUGUGUUUUGAUUCUGUCUUUUUCCCCAUAUCUUGGGGUGUGAAUUUUCCCUCCAGGAAACACCCCCUUCAAGUAGCCAUGGCUGCAAUAUCAGAGACGGUUUAUGGAACUAUCGAGGAAGGACAUGUUAUGUCCGAGAAGGUAUCGUCUCUUGCUACCAACGUUUACAAAGAAUUUGAACGUAUGAUCAAGAAAUACGACGAAGAUGUUGUGAAGGAACUUAUGCCAUUGACUGUUGCCCUUCUCGAAGGAUUAGAUCAAGCACUAAACGACAAACAGGAAAGUGAAGUUGAGCUAGAACUGCUAAGGGAUGAUAAUGAACAGCUGCUUACUCAGUAUGAGAGAGAAAAACAGCUCCGGAAAGCUGCUGAACAGAAAUACCUUGAGAUGGAGGAUGGUGUAGAGGGCCAGAAAAAAGAGCAUGAAGAAAAAGUGGAAAGCAUGGAGUCUAUAAUCCGCAUGCUGGAGCUUAAGUCCAAGAAUGCAACAGAUCAUGUUGCAAGAAUGGAAGAGAAGGAUAGUGAAUGGAAGAAAGAAUACACGAAACUCCACGAAAGAUACACAGAGUUGUUCCGAACUCAUAUGGACCAAAUGGAACGUACAAAGAUAUUAAUGGGUACGGAUAAACUGGAGUUGUCCAACAGUCCCCGUAACAAAGGCUUUCAACUCCCAAAUCUCCGACCAGUCAGCAUGGUCAUAACAGGUCAGAACUUGACCCCACUGAGGUCAAGUGGAACUCCUCCAAGUCUGAACAGCCUUGACAUCAUGUCUCCACGUACCCCAGCUGACUCUAACAUCAGUCUGAAGAGUGAGCUUGGCGACCUCGACUCACCUGAUGUCACUGAUAAACGACGCUCAGGCAAGAAGGUUGGCACAUGUGACAAGGAACAGCUGACAGACAAUAUUAUGGUGAAAGAGUUUGGUACCACGCCAAAGGACGGCACACAAUCCAACACUUCAGAAAUCCCCACAAGUGUUCAAAUAAACGGUGUUACAGACUCUGAACCUAGUAAAAGUGAUAUAGACAAUUCUAGUCAGGACAAUGGGAGGCCAGAGUCUCAUAUUGCUGGGAGUGGAGAAGUUGAACCAAACCACACAGACCCACCACAUGAUAUAGAUAGGGCGGAAAAUUCCCAACCAAGCCAUUCAGUAGAGACGAUAGUGUGUGAUAAAGCAUUAGUGGCACCUUCAUCUGAUACAACAGCAUCAUCCAUCAUUCUUUCACAUGGAAAAGAUAAUUCUGUGAUAAAUACUACACCUGAAAAAAUGGACCCACAUGUAGCCACCUCCACACCCCAGAGUGGUACUGAGGACGAGAGAAUCAGGUUUGAUAGCAUAGAUCAUGAGGAGGCUGAAUUUGAGGAGGACAGAAUCCCGGGCUUGGAUACAACUAUUGCUCAUAUAGUGGCCACAACACCAGAGCUACAGGAAUUAGAAGAGUCUAUUGAAAGUCAGACCCCAGACAGUGGUGUUAGGAGAUCUCUCAGUAGGAGAAACAACGAUUCUAUCUUUGACGAAUUGAACGUGCAGGAUGUAGAAUUAGGGGACGACUUUGGAAUAACCGGGAGAGAAGUUACCCCCGGGGACUAUUCCUCGUCAGGGAUGGGCAAAGAACUUGAGAAUCUUAUACUGGAGAACACAGAACUUCUGGAAACAAAAAAUGCCUUGAAUAUUGUCAAAGAUGACCUCAUAGCUAAAGUGGACGAAUUAUCCAGUGAGCAGGAGAUUCUGCGUGAAGAGAUUACAUCUCUCCAAGCAGUCAAGACAAAGCUACAGGGACGAAUCAAGGAUCUAGAAGAGGACCUCAAGAAAACCAAAGAGGAGUUGGAAAAGAAAAAGUCUGGUAACAAAGAGGAAGAGGAGGAUGAUGUGCCUAUGGCCCAAAGGAAGAGGUUCACACGAGUUGAGAUGGCUCGCGUUCUUAUGGAACGAAAUCAGUACAAAGAAAGACUGAUGGAGCUCCAAGAGGCAGUUCGAUGGACGGAGAUGAUCCGGGCUUCACGUGAACACCCAGAGGUCAACACUACACCUAGUAAACAGAAGAAAUCAUCAAUCUGGAACUUUUUCAGUAAUUUGUUCAGUUCCCCAAAUAAACCAACUAAAAGGCCACUGCCUAUGGCUACCAUCAAAUACAAUGCCCCAACCACACAAGUCCAGCCUGUAGGGGAUCCAAACAAGAGGACUCGGAGCAAGCUGAAUCUCGGUGAAAAGGCCAAGGCCUAUGACUUCCUCCAGGAUGAUUUGUCCAGUAAGAUUGAGGAUAUACUAGAGGAACCUGUCUUGACUCAGCCAAAAAUGUCAGAGAAAGCCAAGAAGGAACGAGAAAAGGAGCGUCGUGAACAAUACAAACAGGUACGGGCUCACGUGAAGAAAGAUGAUGGACGACUUCAGGCCUACGGGUGGAGCUUGCCUGCUAAAUUUCAGCCUUCACUUCCUAACAGGGAGACACCUUCAAAAAGUCACGUCCCUGUUCCUGUGCCGGUGUACUGUAGACCGCUGUUUGACAAGGAAUCUGGUCUUAAGAUCUGGUGUGCUGUAGGAGUAAACCUGACAGGAGGUCAGACAAGAGAUGGCGGCUCUGUUGUAGGGGCUAGUGUGUUCUAUUCCAACCUGAGCGGAGCCAACAUGAUUGAGGCAGAGAAGAGUUCCAAAAAAGACAGCAGUAAGGAUGAAGUGGAGCGCCUAAACCAGGAGCUCAAGGAACAUGAGAAGAACCUGAAGGAUACCGAGAAGGAGCAGUUAUCUUCCUUUGUAUGGAUAUGUACCCAGACCUCUACCUGUAGUCGGGUGUCAGUUAUUGAUGCUAACAAUCCAGGCGAUAUUCUGGAGACAUUCCGAGUGUCAACAUCGCCAAUCCUGUGUAUAGCUAGUGUUGCUGGUGCCCUUGAGUCAGACUACAGGGUGGAUGAAGAAAUCCUGAAGGCUGAGUCCUAUCCCCAGUACAAACCUCCACCUGAGCCGGACAAUCUUGCUACGUCUGUGACUGACAGUGGCAUUGGAGGCAUCACCUUGGUCCAGUGUGCCACAGGUGGGGCAGCAGGCUCUCCAAACACGUCGCCUGUGGGAUCCCCUCACAAGUCUGAUGGUGAUAGUUUGUCAGCUGGGGGUCACAACUUGUCCAGCAGUGAGGAGAAACUAGACACAAGUGUGGAACACAAGGACAAGACCGACACAGAAAGUCUCGUCUCUGAACGUAGCUACGAAGCUGCAUUUGGAAGUGAGGAUGUACCAUCAGUAUUUAAGGCGCGAGGUUCUCCUGUAUCAUCGGGCACUGCCACACCCACUUCCACAUCCUCCUCCCGCUCUCUGGACCGUCGGGCGUUACAGGAACAGGCUGACCUUGUCCGGGACGGCAUCAGUCCUCUCCCUUUAGACAGUGAUCUCCAGUAUGAGGAGGCAGAAAAGAUGAGCAGUGUUCUACCCACCAUGUGGUUAGGCUCACAAAGUGGCAGUCUGUAUGUACAUUCCUCUGUGGCCCAGUGGAGGAGAUGUCUGCACUCUGUCAAACUCAGGGACUCAGUUCUCAACAUUGUACAUCUGAAGGGGCGUGUGCUGGCAGCCUUGGCUGAUGGCACUGUUGCAAUUUUCCAUAGAGACACAGAGGGACAGUGGGACCUACAGAACUACCAUCUACUUGACCUGGGGAGACCCCAUCACUCAAUCCGCUGUAUGACUGUGAUAGCCAACAAACAUGUCUGGUGUGGCUACCGGAACAAAAUUCAUGUUGUUGACCCUGAAAAAAUGAACAUUGAGAAAACGUUUGAUGCUCAUCCACGGAAGGAAAGUCAGGUGCGACAAGUGGCAUGGCUUGGAGAUGGAGUGUGGGUGUCCAUCAGACUAGACAGUACCUUACGACUGUACCACGCCUAUACCCACGUACACCUUCAAGAUGUUGAUAUUGAGCCCUACGUCAGUAAAAUGUUAGGUACAGGGAAGCUAGGCUUUUCCUUUGUACGGAUCACAGCGAUGUUGAUCUCCUGUAAUAGGCUGUGGAUAGGCACAGGCAAUGGUGUGGUCAUCUCUGUGCCUUUGUCAGAAAGUAACAAACAGACUGUAACCACAGCGUCCAGUGGGGGUCGUCCCGGUGGUAUAAUCCGGGUUUACAGUGACAAUAAAUCUGACAACGUGACACCUGGCAGCUUCAUUCCUUACUGUUCUAUGGCCCAGGCCCAGUUGUCUUUCCAUGGCCACAGAGAUGCCGUCAAGUUCUUUGCUGCAGUCCCUGCUACAUAUUCUGACAUCUAUAAAACAUCCCCAGGUGCUGCAAGAAGGGGGAUGAGUGCUGUGUCAGAUGUAGAGGAGACGACCAAUCGUCAUGAGGCAGUGCCAGCUACCAAUUCUAACACAAAGCUUGUCCUGUCAGGAGGGGAAGGAUAUGUUGACUUUAGAAUUGGUGAUGGUGAUGAUGAAGAAUUCAUUGAUGAAGAAAAGAAGGUUUCACUCAGCAAAGGAGACAGAAGUCAUCUUAUUGUGUGGGAGGUAGCAUGUACAGAAUGAUGUCAGCAGUAGCCAUAACAGCAGUGAUGCUACCCAUAGCCAUGACAACAAAAUCAUCAGUCACUUUGACAAUAGUGAUGUCAUCAAUUUCCAUGAUAAAAAAUAGUGAUCAGUCUCCAUGGCAACAAUGAUAUCACUGGUUUCCAUGGCUACAGGGAUAUAACCAGUCUUUAUGGCAAAAGUGAUGUCAUCAGUUAAUUAAUUGUUUGUGAUUGUGUUGUUGUCAUGACACAAACCAAUGUUACUGAAAGACACAAGCAAUCAGCUGGGUAAGAGACAUGCUAUAUACAGUCAUCAUAUCAACUAAAUUUCACCACAUCACCUCAAAUCCUUAACAUCCUGCACAAGCUGGACUGCCAUUGUGGUGUACUGAAAUGACGCCGUAGAAAGCAUGGAAGUUAACAAUUUAACACCAGACAUUGGAAGAAAGGUCGUUGUCCCACUUCUGUUGUAAAUUACAUUUGGAUCAGAUUUCCAGAUAAUUCAUGAAGUUGCACAAUCCCAUCAGGAUCAUGAUUUGAGUUCUAUGUCUGAUAUAUUUUUGGUAUUAGAAAAAGUAUUGAUACCAUGACAUCAGAUUGAUGUGUUGUGAAACACCUUACAAUAGUAUCAUUGACAUAGUAACACCUUAUAUCAACAAUGCCAUAGUAACAAUGUCACUUAGUGUAAAAAUGUUAUACUGAACAUAUUUGUUACCUAUAAUCACAACUUCUGUUUAGAGUUGAUAUUAAUAGCUAUGUUCAUGAAUUAAUGAGAUUUGAUUCCUGCAACGUUUUAUUUAUUGAAAUAUUGAGUGACUGUUACUGUGACAUUACUGACGGAGUCAGGAGAAUACAAAUAACUGCAAUAUUUAUUUUGGAGUUGGGAUUUGGAAACAACUGCCAUAUUCUAUAUUCUGGUAACUGGAGAAAGGCAUGAUGUCUUCUCCAGCUCCAGUGUGUUUUGUAUUUCCUUUAAUACACCAAAUUGCUUUUAAGGAUGAUGAUGGAUAUGUGUAUAGUUUAUCACUGCCACAGUUGGAGACACUGAAGAGAUAGCUAUUUACCUGUGUGAUUACUGGUCAGUCUACUGUUUGCUCUGCUGGUCAGACUACUGAUCACUGUGUUGGUCAGUUUGCUCUGUUCAGUCUACUGGUCAAUUUACUGGUCAGUUUGCUGGUCAGCCUACUGGUCAAUUUACUGGUCAGUUUGCUGGUCAGUCUACUGGUCACCUUGCUGUUCAGUCAACUGGUCAGCUUGCUGGUCAGUGUGCUGUUCAGUGUACUAGUCAGUUUGCUGCUCAGUCUACUGGUCAGUUUGCAAUUCAGUCUACUGGUCAGUUUGCUGUUUAGUCUACUGGUCAGUUUGCUGGUCAGCCUACUGGUCAGUUUGCAAUUCAGUCUACUGGUCAGUGCUGGUCAGUUUGCUGGUCAGUCUACUAGUCAGUGCUGGUCAGUUUGCUGGUCAAUCUACUGGUCAGUUUGCAGUUCAGUCUACUGGUCAGUUUGCUGUUUAGUCUACUGGUCAGUCUGCUGGUCAGCCUACUGGUCAGUUUGCAGUUCAGUCUACUGGUCAGUGCUGGUCAGUUUGCUGGUCAGUCUACUAGUCAGUGCUGGUCAGUUUGCUGGUCAGUCUACUGGUCAGUUUGCUGGUCAGUA